AUGACAUGGGCAUGCAUGCAGGCUAGUUCAAUGUUUCAGGUAUCCAUGACAGGACACAACUCAACAACAGGUCCCACAGUCAUGCUGGUCCAACUUCCCAAUGGACAGACAGUUCAGGUCCGCAGUGUCAUCCAGGCUCCACAUCCUUCUGUCAUCCAGACUCCACAUCCUUCUGUCAUCCAGACUCCACAUCCUUCUAAAUGUAGUUUGAUUCAUUUGUGUUUGGUUUGUUUGUUCCAGAUCUCCAACAUAGCAGAACGUGAGGAUUCUCAGAAGUCAGUAGACAGUGUGACUGUGUCUCAAAAAAGCAGAGAGAUUCUGUCACAACAAACUUCAAACAGGAAAAUCCUGAAUGGCCUUUCAUCCGUGCUGGAUGUUCCUUGUAUCAAGGGGGGGAAGGUGGAGGAGGAUUUGUUUGCUGUGUCUGCCACACCCACAAUUAUCACGGAUACUCCCCACAUCCCCACAUCCAUCUACCACAUCAGCAGUGGUCAAUAUAUUGCAAUUACACAAUGUGGGGCCAUUCAACUGGCUAAUAACAUCACAGAUGGGGCCCAGGGCCUUCAAACUCUGGCCUUGACUAACGCAGCAGCAGCUGCCCAGCCUGGAGCCACGAUCCUCCAGUAUGCACAGACCAGUGAUGGCCAACAGAUACAGGUUCCCAGUAACCAGGUGGUUGUCCAAGCUUUCUCCAGUGAGUUCCCCACCUACAGUGCCACAGACAAUCUCUCCUGCAAACGGGAGGUCCGCCUCAUGAAGAACAGAGAGGCAGCCCGUGAAUGUCGCAGGAAGAAGAAGGAGUAUGUUGAGUGUCUGGAUAACCGAAUGGCCAUCCUGGAGAACCAAAACAAGACUCUAAUUGAAGAACUUAAAGCCCUUAAAGACCUUUACUGCCACAAAUCUGAGUAAUUAGUAGCAUUUUAGUUCCUUUCAAAUACUUUA